AUGUCCAGAAACCUCAGUGCCCAGCACCCGGACAUGCCCAGCAACAAGUAUCCCCAGCUCCUAACGCCAUGCAAACAGCACCCCAGCAAACACCGGGACAUGCCCAACACCAACCACCCCAAGCGCCCACGACACAGCACCCACCACCUGGACAUGCCCGGCACGCCAACAACCAAAAAGCCCAGCGCCCAGCACCCAGCACGUCAAUAUACCCAACACUCAGACAUACCCAGCACUGCCACCACCCCCAGUGCCCAGCACCCGAACAUACCCAAUGCCCAGCACCCCAAGGGCCCAGCACCCAGCAACCCAGUACCCAGCAUGCCAGCAUCCAAUACCCCCAGUGCCCACCACAUGGACAUUCCCAGAGAUCAGCACCCAGCAUCCACACAUGCCCAGCACCCUGUACCCAACAUCCAGCACCCA